AAUGCCCUAUACCAAAUCUCACUAUGUCAGCGCCUGUGGAGAGAAGCGGCCGCGAUGCUCCUUCCAAAGAGCGCUCUGAGGGAUUCAAGGAGAAAACUAGGGACAAGAGAAAGCCUUUAAAACACCAUGAGAGAGGGAGAUCUCCUGUGAAGAGAUCUCGUUAUUCCUCAUCAUCAUCAUCGUCCUCGUCCUCGUCCUCGUCCUCAAGCAGCAGCAGCAGCAGCAGCAGCAGCAGCUCAGAGGACGAUCAUCGCCAUCGCCACAAGCGUAAGAAGAGCAAGACAAAGAAACGUAGAAUCAGUAAAGACAAGAGCCCUGUUCAACUCUCCAAGGACAAGCGUCGCAGUGCAGUGUCUGGGAAGGUCAUUAAAAUGAAGGUCAAGAAAUCCUCCAGAGACAAAGAACGGGAAAAGAAUCGCAAGCAACUACUGGAGUUUCUGAAUGCUUCUACAAACUGACAAUUUAAUUACUGUUGUUGAUUUAUUAUUCUGCAAACAUAAUUUUUGUUGUAAUGUUCAAUAUUGUUCACACGAAUAAAACUACAACACUAAUCGAA